AUGGGGGACAGACAGGAAGUAUCAAUUGUAAACUCGUUAAAGACGUUCAAGGACGUUGCACAACUGUCCAAAACAAAAUUAAAACAUAUCGCUAAAAGUUUAAACAUUGACGUUGAAAAGUCGUUUGGAAAGAAAGCCAUACUUAAUCUUGUCUGUAAUGGUUUAAACAUAUCAACUUCGUCUACGAGUUCGUCUGUGCCGUUGCCCCAACCUGCUGAAGACCAAAGCUUACCGUCGAUAAGGCAGCUACAGAAACUAAAAAACUGGAGCAAGAGUCUCACUGGUUUACCGCAAGUUGUGGACGAGUCCAUGGUAAAGACCUUUUUAGUUGGAGCGGGUUAUACCAAAGCGGACGUCAAGAAAUACAAAACCCUUUGUGCUUGGGAGCACAAACAAGGAGUUCACUCUUUAAAUUUGCGAGGUAAUUGCAGCCAUGUUGGUGCUUUGUUGUUUGUCUUGGCUGACAUUAUUGCAGAAGGAAAAGUGCAAAUCCCUUCAGACCCUACUUGUACGGACUUACUUGCUCAUGGACAGAACCUAAAGAAUCAUCUUAAGAAUUUUUGCUAUCAGCUGCCUGUGAAUUAUUAUGGAAUGAUCUUUGCUCUUUUUCCAGGUGCCAAAGUAAAACCAGCAAUGGUUGAAAAUAUAAAUAUUUACAAAGCUAAAGUGGGAGAGCAACCACCUGAAAAGAAAUUCCGACCAUCUCCUGCAAUAACAGAGGAUUUGUACAAAAACAGUGAUGAAAAUCCCCUAACAAAGGAAGAACGAAAAUCAAACUUGAGGCAGGCAAUUCUAGAAGCAAAUAUGGGUAAACCAAUGCCUCCCAUAGUUUACCUGUUAUCCAAGGUGGAAAAUGAUUCUGCCCAACCUGCAUCUGAGUAUAAUCUACCAGACGUUUAUAUUUGUGAGAAUUAUGAUGCAAGUUUAGCUAUUUGUUGUGAUAUUGAGGUACAGACUAGCUCAUAUGCAAAUGCUGACAAUAAUGAAAUUGAAGAAAUCUUAGAGCAUAAUCUUGGUAAUACAAUUUGCUUGCAAGAAAUUCGAGAAAAAGCAGAAAAUGUUUUGAGAGAAAUAUGUGUAAGCCAAGAGGAAGUUGAGUCAAUAGAACGGGAAACCAGAGGCCAGCACAACAAUCCACUGUGGUUUACACACCGCAUGCCAAGGAUAACUGCAUCAAAGUGUAAGCGGGCAAUUCAAAAAGUGACUACAAGUCCCACUAAAGCAUUGCGUGACAUAUUGGGCUACAACAAGCGCAUCCAAACAUCAUACAUGCAAGAUGGAAAGGAUUCAGAACACAAAAUUAUAGAAAUGUAUGAACAAAGAAACAAUGUCAAUGUCCAACCAUGUGGAUUUUUCAUAUCUGUCACCCAUCCGUUUCUUGGUGCAACACCAGAUGGUUUGGUUGGGGAUGAGGGUAUAAUUGAAGUAAAAAAGAUCCACCCACACACUGCAGAAUCCUUACUGGAUGCCCUCAAAAGGCAAUGUAUAUUAAAGGAAACAGGUGAUCAAGUCUCAUUAAAUAACAAUCACCCCUACUAUUACCAAAUUCAACAACAGCUGUUUUGUUCAAGAAGGUUAUGGGCUGAUUUUGUUGCUUCAGAUGGAAAGGCUAUAUUUGUUCUGAACACUGCUUACUGCCAGAAAUUUUGGGAACAGCAACUACCCAGGCUUAGGAAAUUUUAUUAUGACAUUAUUUUAUUGGAGCUUGCAUAUCCUCGGGUUAAGUUUGGACACAGUAGAAUUGGUAAACUUGGAAUUACAUAUGAAUCUCUCAGCACUGUUGUAAGAGAGGAAUAAUUAUUAUACAAAUACCAUUGAAUUAUUAGGGCUGCCCCAAGGGUUUCUAAAUGUAAUGGAGUAAUGUGAUAGUACCACAUA